UGCACUUUGCAGCCCUACCGUCUUUUCUCACCAAUCGACCAAGAUUUUUCUCUUGGUCCCAUUGAACAGUGAAAUCAUAUUCUUUGACUUCCAUCACUGACGAGUGACGAGCUCCAUGUCCGAUGCUAAAAUGGCUGAGGAUGAAAAAGAUGGAAACAAGACAGGACCUUCAGAGGAAUUAAAUGCAUUAGGUGCACAAACAAAUGAUAGAAGGAAGGAAAAAAGGAAAAAUAAAAAGAAUAAACGUUUAUUGGAGGAAGCUGCCAAGGCUGACAAACGCGGAGUUUGUUAUUUGAGUCGCAUUCCUCCUCACAUGGAUCCUUUGAAGCUUCGCCAGCUUCUGUCUCAGUAUGGAGAGAUAGAACGAAUCUAUCUUACACCUGAAAAUCCAGUGGCUCAAGUACAUCGUAAACGGGCAGGUGGCUUUCGAGGUCAACAAUUUACAGAAGGGUGGGUUGAGUUCACCAAGAAAAGUAUUGCAAAGCAGGUUGCUAGCAUGUUAAAUGGUCAACAAAUAGGUGGGAGGAAGAGAUCAUCUUUCUAUUAUGACCUUUGGAACAUCAAGUAUUUAAGCAAAUUUAAAUGGGAUGAUCUUACUGAAGAAAUUGCUUACAAGAAUGCCAUUCGUGAGCAGAAGCUAGCAAUGGAGAUAUCUGCUGCUAAGAAGGAGCGGGACUUCUACCUCUCAAAGGUCAAUCAGUCACGUGCCUUAAAUUCUAUACAGGAACGGGUGAAGAAGAAGCAGAAGUCUCAACAUGGUUCAGAUGCAAAUUCUGGGUCCACUGUAGAGCAACAGGAAGUGAAGGUGAUUCGUCAAUUCCCACAGACACGACCUGUUGCAGAUAAUGCAGUGGAGAGAAAAAAGUCUGGCCUAUCUAAAGAAAUCUUGGCUGGAGUAUUUGGUGGUUCAUCUUCAUGACCGUCUGUUAAAUGGUUCUAUCUUUACCAAACUGGCACUGUUGACAUGUGCCACUGAAAUUGGGGCUUUUUAUCCAAUUAUACACAUUUUGAAUAUAAAUGUUGUUGCGAGUUUUUACAUAUCCCGAAUACAGAAGCCAUGUAAGUUAUUUAUUUAUUCCCUUUUAUUGGUUUUUGCCCAUUAUUGCUAUUUUGCAUGAAAAAAUGGAUCGAGCCAAUUGAUAACAGUUGUACUUGAAUGUUGAAUCCUACUCUACUCUUAAAGAUAAUGUUCAAGAGUCAA